GCAUCGCCUCCUUCCAGUGCCUGCUGGGGCUGGGGGUGUGGAACCCCCGCGGGCCCGACCUGAGCAACUGCACCAGCCCCUGGGUCAACCAGGUGGCCCAGAAGAUCAAGAGCGGGGAGAACGCGGCGUCCAUCGCGGGGGAGCUGGCGCGGCACACGCGGGGCCCGGUGUUCGCGGGGGACGUCAGCUCGGCCGUGCGGCUGCUGGAGCAGCUCCUGGACAUCCUGGACGCGCAGCUGCAGGCGCUGCGCUCCGCUCGAGAGGGAGUCCGCGGGGGAAAAACUACAACAAGGGGACAGGAGGGGACAGUGGGGGCACGGCAGUGGCACAUCCUGGACGCGCAGCUGCAGGCACUGCGCCCGCUCGAGAGGGAGUCCGCAGGGAAAAACUACAACAAGAUGCACAAGCGGGAGCGAACCUGCAAGGAUUACAUCAAGGCCGUGGUGGAGGCCGUGGACAACCUGCUGCGUCCGGAGGCGCUGGAGUCGUGGCGGGACAUGAACGGCUCGGAGCAGGCGCACACGGCCACCAUGCUUCUGGACGUGCUCGAGGAGGGCGCCUUCCUGCUCGCCGACAACGUCAAGGAGCCCGCGCGCUUCCUGGCCGCCCGACAGAACCUGGUGCUGGAGGUGUCGGUGCUGAACACCGAGGGGCCCCUCCAGGAGCUCGUGUUCCCGCAGGAGCUGGGGGGUGACGGCUCCAUCCAGCUCUCGGCCAGCACCCUCAAACAGAACAGCAGGAACGGGGUGGUGAAGGUUGUCUUCAUCCUGUACAACAACCUGGGGCUGUUCCUGCCCACCGAGAACGCGACCGUGCGGCUCGGGGGGGACGGGGGGCCCCGCGCCCCCCAGCUCGUGGUCAACUCCCAGGUCAUCGCCGCCUCCAUCAACAAAGAGUCCAGCAGGGUCUUCCUGCGGGACCCCGUGGUCUUCACCCUGCCCCACCUGGAGACCAAGAACCACUUUGGGGCCAACUGCUCCUUCUGGAACUACUCGGAGCGCUCCAUGGCCGGGCACUGGUCGAGCCAGGGCUGCCGCCUGCUGCGCUCCAACGGCACCCACAGCUCGUGCGCCUGCAGCCACCUGACCAACUUCGCCCUGCUGAUGGCCCGGAGCCAGAGCUUCCCGGGGCGGCUGAACGAGGUGCUGCUGUCGGUGAUCACCUGGGCGGGGAUCCUGGUGGCCCUGCUGUGCCUGGGCCUGUCCAUCUCGGCCUUCUGCUGCCUGCGGGGGCUGCCCUCGGAGCGCACCACCAUCCACAAGAACCUCUGCAUCAGCCUCUUCCUCGCCGAGCUGCUCUUCCUCGUGGGCAUCGACAAGACGCAGUACCAGGUGGCCUGUCCCAUCUUCGCCGUGCUGCUGCACUAUUUCUUCCUGGCGUCGUUCUCGUGGCUGUGCCUGGAGGGGGUUCACCUGUACCUGCUGCUGCUCGAGGUGUUCGACAGCGACCCCGCCCGCCGCAAGUACUACUACGCGGGGGGGUACUUCUUCCCCGCCGUCGUGGUGGCCGUGGCCGCCGCCGUGGACCACCGCAGCUACGGCACCGACCAGGCGUGCUGGCUGCGGGUGGACAAUUAUUUCAUCUGGAGCUUCAUCGGGCCUGUGGCCUUCGUCAUCCUCGUGACGCUGGUGUUCCUGCUGGUGACCCUGCACAAGAUGCUGCGCAGCUCGGCCGCCCUCAAACCCGACUCCAGCCGCCUGGACAGCAUCAGGUCGUGGGCGCUGGGGGCCAUCGCGCUGCUGCUGCUGCUGGGGCUCACCUGGGCCUUCGGGCUCCUCUUCGUCACCCGCGAGUCUGUGCUGACGGCGUCGCUGUUCACGGCCUGCAACGCCCUGCAGGGCACCUUCAUCUUCCUCUUCCACUGCGCCCUCCAGAAGAAGGUGCACCGGGAGCUCAGCAAGUGCCUGCGGCACUCGGGGUGUUGCCUCAGGGGCCCCCCCGGCACCUCCCUGGGCGCCCUCAAACCCUCGGCCGCCCGCGCCCACCCCCGGUACUACAGCGGCACCCAGAGCCGGAUCCGGAGGAUGUGGAACGACACGGUCCGGAAACAGACGGAGUCCAGUUUUAUGGGGGGGGACCUGAACAGCACCCCAACCUUGAACCGAGGGUCGCACCUCCUGCCCAACCCGGUGCUGCCGCCGCGGGGGGGGUCCAGCCCCUACAACACCCUCCUGGCCGAGGGGGGGGGCUUCACCCCCGCCUCCCCCCCUGCCUUCACUGCCCCAGGGAGCUUCCGUGACACCAAGCCCCCCCGGGAGCCCCCGGAGCCGCUGCCCCUCAAUGGCAACUUCAACAACAGCUACAGCCUGCGGGGGGGCCCCGAGGGGGGGCCCGGGGGGGUGGCCCCGGGCCGGGGGGGCUGCCCGGGGGCCCCCCCGGACGCAGCGGCGCUGGAGAAGAUGAUCAUCUCAGAGCUGGUGCACAACAACCUGCGGGGAGGGGGCUCCGCGCACGGGGGGCCGCCCCCGCCGCCGCCGCCCCCCCCCGCCGCCCCCCCCCGCCCCCCGCCGAGCCCCCUCCCGGCGCCCCCGAGCUGGGGCUGCUCUACCAGGAGCUGGCGCGGGGGGGGCCGGGCGGGCUGGGGCCCCCCCCCGACCCCCCCCCGCGACCCCCGGCACCCCCCCCCCGCCGCGGGACUACCCCGACAGCAGCCCCGAGGGACCCCCCGCCCCCCGCGCCCCCCUACCUGGGGGGGCCCCCCCGCGCACCCCCCCCCCAACCGCCGGCACAGCCCCGAGACCUUCGGGGGGCCCGAGGGGGGCGCGGGGGGGGCCGAGCCCGACGGGCAGAUGCAGCUGGUGACCAGCCUGUGAGACCCCCGGGAGGGGCGCCACGCGGGACCCCCCCCUCACGCCGGGGGUCGGGGGCGCGCGGGGGGCACGGGGUCACUGCGGGACACCCCCUUGCCAGGGGGUCCGGCCUUGAGCGGGGACGCAGCCUGGGGGGACAUGCGGGACCGGGCUCGCACGGGGACCCUCCCCUGCUCGAGGCUCCGGGGGCACGCGGGGGGGUCUGGCCCCGAGCAAAGACCCCUCCUCACAGCAGGGUCCGGCCUCGCAUGGGGGUCCGGUCCUGAGCUGCAGCCCCCUCGCACAAGGCCUCGUCCUCACGGGGAGGGGUGGCCUCGCACGAGGGUCCGGUGGCACUCAAGGACCCCCACCCUGCGUGAGGAGGCAGCACUGAGCAACGAGCAGGCCUGGCACGAGGACAUGGCCGCCGCCAGAGGGGACAGCCCUUCCCAGGGCCCGGCCUUGCACGAGAAGCCGCGGUGGCACCAGGCCGCGGUGUCACACCAGGAGCCGCAGUGGCACCAGGCCGCGGUGUCACACGAAGACCUGGCUUUGCACAAGGGCCUUGCACAAGGAUCUGGCGCCACACGUGGGGACCUCACGCAAGGAUCCACCCAGUGUCACCCGAGGAUCCAUGUGGCGCCACACGUGGGGACCUCACGCAAGGAUCCACCCAGUGUCACCCGAGGAUCCAUCUGGCGCCACACGUGGGGACCUCGCCCGGGGAUCCACGUGGUGCCACACGUGCGGACCUUGCCUGGGGACCUCGCUCGGCUGUGUCCCCCCUCACACCAGGACCUCGCACCAGGACUUUGCACCCGGACCUUGCACGGGGCCCCCCCUCGUGCCCCCGCCCCGGCAUGGGGGUGCUUUGGGAGGAUCCCUCAGCCACAUUCUGAGGGCCCCCCCAGAAGCCAUCCCGGGGGGGCCCCUAUGGCCUCGGCAGCACCGAGCCGGGGGGCGAGGCACUAACACCCCGCAAACUGAGGUGUCCCCCCCACAGCAGGGACCCCCCUCAAAAUGGGGACCCCCCACAAAGAGACACAUUUUCCUUGUAAUAUAGAUGUAAAUGGACCAGCCCUCCCCUCCCCCCCCCCAACCGGGAAACUGAGGCACGGGGGGCCCCCAAAACCACCCCCCCUCUCCGGGGGUCCCCCCAACCCCAGCGGGGCCCUCCCGGAAGCACAACCCCCCCCAGCCGGGGGAGGCCUCGCCACGCUGUACAUAGGGAUGGGGGGGCCCCCAAAGUCGGGGGGGGGGUGGGCAAUGGGGACCCGUUAACAGUUCUGGGACCCCCCCAAGACUGAUGGGACCCCACAAUCUGGAGACACCACCCAGGGCUUCAGGAUCCUUACUGGGGUGUUGAGACCCUGCCCACAUUUUGGGGACCCCCCCGGGUAACGGGGACCCCCAAGUUCUGGGGAUCCACAGGGAACUUGGGGACCCCCCCAGGACUGAGGUUCCCCCACACUUUGGAGACCCCCCCCUCCAGAGCUUGGGCACCCCCUCCUGGGGUCCAGGGACCCCUCCCAGGGUAUUGGGGAUGCCCCCAAAUUUGGGGACCCCCCCCCAGUAUUUGGAGUCCCCUAUCUUUGGGGGCCCCCUGUGUUUUGCGAACCCCCAGUAUCAGGGACCCCCCGGAUUGUGGGAACCCCCCCAGACCCCCUCAAGGGUUUUGGGGACACACGGGGGGGUGUCCAGCCCCUCCCCAACUUUUGGGGUUCCCCUCCUUUAGCAUAGGGGGACCCCAAAACUUCCUCGGGGACCCCAAAUUGGGGGGUGCAGAGGGGAACACCCCCUUCCCCCCACCCCUGCAUCUUGGGGUCCCCCCCGGGUUUGGGGGUCCCUCCCCUCCCCCCCCCUCCCCCCCCCCCAAAUUCUGCCAAACCAACUUUGGGUCGAGUGCAUCAAACCAACGAAACCGGAGCCGGAGGGGACGCGGGGCCACCAAGGGCCACCAUGGGCUACUGGGGCCACUGUGGGUCACCCAGGGCCAGCGACGGGACCAUCAGGGGCCACGCAGGGCCACCACAGGGUCACUGUGGCCACCAAGGAGACGGCCAGGGCCAUCAAGGGUCACCCAGGGCCACCGGACGGUCACCACAGGGUCACCAUGGGGAUGGCCAGAGGGCCACCACGAGGCCACCACAGGGCCAGCACAGCAAGAGCCAGGAGGUGGCCGGGGCCACCACAGGGAGUCAGGGGAUGGCCACCACCGCCGUGGGGGACAGCCAGGGCCACCAAGGGCUACCACCAGGAUGGACAGGGCCACCACAGGAAGAGCCAGGGGACAGCCACAGCCACCAUGGGGCCACCAGCACCAUGGUGGCACUGCGGCCACCACAGAGGUGACCAGGGCCACCAAAGGGACCAGAGGAGAGCCAGGGCCAUGGAGGGGGUGGCCGGGGUCGCCAUGGGGACAGUCAGGGUCGCCAUGGGGACAGUCAGGGCCACCACGGGGUCAGGGCCACCGUGGGGAUGGUCACGGACAGGAACCAAUAAAGGUGACACCAGUUCUUGGA